GCGGCCCUGCCCCUUCCGCCGUCGCCGCCAUCAUGGCGGAGCCGGCGGGGCCGUUCCGCGUCCUGCUGGCGGGGUCGCUCCGCUGCCUCUGCUACUGCCGCCGCGGGCCCGGCGCCGGCGCCACCGUGUAUGUCACCGACGGGCAGGAGGUGUGGGCCGGGCAGCUCGGCGCCAGCUCGCCGCUCGGCCGCACAUCUCAGAGCACACAAUGCCUGUCAGAGGAUCACAGCACGAAGAUCAGGGAGGCCUUGGAGCAUGGAGUGGCCUCCUUGAGCUUGCACGAUGAUGGCAAGGCUACGCUGCAGCUCCAGGAGGAGGCCUGGUGCUCGACUUUUGAUCUCUUCAAGUUGCCCUUCACUGAGGCGAGGACUCAGCUACAGGCACUGAUGUUUGACUUGGUGGGUUGCGUCAAGAAUCUGGAGAAACGUCUUGAAGCAGUGGUGGGCACUCUAGGGUCUUCAUGCAGUCCUGAGAAGAAUGCUGCCCGGAGCCAGCAGCUCUUCAUGCCAGCAGAUCCAAGCUCCAGGAAGAGCAAAGGUGCUGGCUCAACUUUGCCAGCCAAGAGGAGGGUCCCAGGAGAGUCUCUCAUUAAUCCUGGUUUCAAAAGCAAGAAGGCACCAUCUGGAGUGGACUUUGAAGACUCCUGACCUGUGCUGUCCCAUCCCCCUGACAACUGUCCUACAGGGAAGGUUUUCAACCACAUCUGAGGCUGGUGGUGAUUUUACUGCACCCUGGACCUGUUGAUUCUCUUGCCAAAGGGUGUGAAUGAUUUGUCUUUUCUCAUGAUCAGCCAAAGAGAUGAACAGGGCAGCCGGCACCCAAGAACUGGACCAGCUCCUGGCAGGUCUCAGGGGGAAGCAGAUCCAUGGCUGAUGCUCUGGGAGGACCUUCCUGGGGGUAUAGAGUAGGGAAGGUGACAGUAGGGAUGGAUAUCUUCUUUUGUUGCAGGCAGGGCCACCCAUGUACCUCACUUGGCAUGAAUUGGUGGGUUUUUUAAAGAACUUUGAUAUCAUAGUGUAAUUAAAAGACUGGCUGUGCUUAACUUAUUGCUAAUAAAGCUGCUUUUAGCCAAA